GGGCAGCCCGGCGGGGUGCGGGCUGGGGGCAGAAGGGCGAGGCGGGGGCUCCCUCAGGGCCGGUCCCCGGCCCCCCUCGCCUGCGUGGGUUUUGUUUUGUGUGUGUUCGGGCUCUUGCCGCGCUCAGCGCGGACAUGUUGCGUGCGGUGCCUGCCCCUGCCCCUUCUCCUUGCCCCUUCUCCCCGCCCCGGCCAGCGGCCUUUCGCUGUCGGUGUCAGAACGUUUUCGGGAAGCCAAACCCCUCGGACCCCCUCAGCUGGUUUCGGGUAGCUCUGACCGCGGGCUGGUGUCUGAGGCUGGGCAGGCUGCUGGGUCUGGGGGCGCUCGGGGCUCCGGGCUCGGUCCCGCCACGACCGGCGGGACGCGGCGCUCGGAGCUGUCCCGCGGCUCGUAAUUGCGGGCGAAGAGGUUAAUUACUCUCGCCUCUCUUGUCUUUCGUUUUGUAACGAAAGUAAAAGCGGCGCGGGGCGUAUGUUUGUGUUCCCGCACUGCCCCGUUUGUUUUGGCUCGGAGCGGCGUGUGCGGUGCCGGGAUUUACCGGGAUAGCCCCGCCCGGGCUGGUGCUGCAGGAGUUCCCUCUCGUUCCCGUGUGCCGCUGGUGUUUUCUUACAAUCACUGCUGAAAACGCUCGGGUUGUACUGAGAUAAAGGCGCAGUCGCACGCCCUGGUUAGACGCGGUUCUGUGAACGGGAUCUCGUGUCAAACCCUCCCGAGCAGUGAUUUAUUGUAUGCAGAGCCGAGACCGACCAUAAAUAUUUAGCUCCAGCUCGUAACUGAUGUGCGUUGUGGCGAGACUGCAAAACAAAUCUAAACAACGCCGAUGCAGCGCUCGAAAUGGGAGGAAAGUAACUGUUUUAUCUCGUUUACUCUUCAGUAUCAUACUGGGAGAAGUCUGUUAUGGGAAUAGCACAGGGAAAAAACUCUCAAUACACAUGGCAAUGGAAAUUUAUGUUCAGCAGUGGUGCAGGAACACAACCUGUUUGUACGUUGAGCGAGGAAAAAUAUCAGUAUUGAUAGUUUUGUACAACUUUGUCAAAGAGAUGUGUCCAAAUUAAGAAUUAUAUUGACAUAUUUUGAAAAAGUGGGGAGUCUGAGUUAUUCUUACCAGCAUUGAUACCUGCUGGUGUGUAGUGCAUGAUAUGUGGUAAUGUGUUACUCGGUUGUCAAAAUAAAUUUAAAAAUACAUAAGGCUUCCCUCACUGGUCAGUAUGAGGCCCAGGCUUUUUUUGUGAUAACAUUCUUCUGUUUGCUUUUCACUGCAGUGUCUUGAUUCUGGUUUUUGUCUUGCAAAUACGUUUUAAAUAUGUUGUUGAAACCCCUUCCCUGGAGAUGUCACUGGUAUCUACGAUUUGAAGUCUGGAUCUUACCUGAAAAUCACUGAGCCCAAGAACUAUCAUCUUAGUCUUUCAAAUGGACAAAGAUGUCUUAAUUUUUCUGUGGAAUGAGAAUGAAUUUUUCAUUUUUGUGUACUAUAAUCUCACAAAUGGAAAAUGUGUAUAGAUUGGAUUUUAAAUUGAGAAUUUACAGGGGGAAAAAUCUAAUUAAAGGCUUUGUGCAUAAUUUGUCUUUUGUGGGACUAGAAGUUCUCCAAUUUACUGUGCUUUGUUUGAUCUACCUGAAUUUUUAUCAUCAGCAAUCAAGUUGUGCCAUGAAUCUGAAACUGCUUUAUGCUUUGUUCUCUCAGAUAUUUUGGUAUAACAAAGCAGCUUAUGCUUUAAACCCUCAGUUAAGUUUAUAGUUUCCCUAAACUUAAAAGGGCCCUACAUGCUGUAGUAAGACAGUAGUAAAAAUUUACAUAUAGAAAUUGAUAAUAUAUUAUGUAAUUAUUCAGCAGCUUACUAUGCACACACAAUUACACAUAGUUAAAGAGUUAUCAUCUCAAAACCUAAUCAGCAUUUUAUAAAGUACUUAGUGCCUGUUAUUGCCUUUGCACUUGAGGGCUGAGGAUUCGUUUUGCCUUCUUUUGCAUUCAGCAUUUUCUUUUUAUAGCUUACAUUCCUCUGUUGUUUUUCCCUGGCCAAACCUCCAACUCUCCAGAAGUAGAACUGAAAAGGAUGGUUUUUAAUUCAACUUUUUGGUUGAUAGUAAACAUUGUAAAUGUGAUAGGUGCAAAAUACCACAAGGAAUGCCGCCAAAAUUCUAUCCAAACAAAUACUUCUUGGAAGGGCAGAAGAAACCCGGUUGGAAAUAAAUUUGCAAAUGUUUUCUGGAUCUCCUGUCCCAAGAUUUUUCAGAGCUCUAUCCCACCCUCUGUGUCUCAGAGGUGUAUGGUUCCUAGGAGCAAAAAGAUGUUGGCCAAACAACUCCUCCUGGAUCUCAACAGGCCGACACUUGAAUGUGCCACAGCUCAUUUUAAGAAGAAGGUCUUCAUAACUAUAAUGGUUUAAAAUCCCAUGGAAGUGUAACAAAUGCCAUCAGUCACCAGCUCUGCUGAAGUUAAAAGUAAUAUCAAUGCAGUUUUGAUGGACAGUUCUACUUAGUGUGUUUAGUUUCGUGUUGGGUGCGAUUAUUUUUGAGUUUUGGAGGUUUGUUUCUUGGUUUUUAAUCAUACUUAGCAGCUGCUUAGUUCUGCAAGUUCGAGACUCAGCGGCAGGAUUUCCAGUAGUCUUUUCUUUCUGGAAUGCUUCUUGAUGUUCCUUAUGUCAAACAGAACUUUUACCUUGUUACAGAUAUGAACAAUGACCAUAGUUAACAAGCCAAAAUCCUCAAAGUCUAAAAAAUCUUCAUCAAGAAGGUCUGACAAAUCUAUGAAACCCCGUACUAAAAAAAUGACGUCACGCACCGCGAGUUUGGGCCGGGUACCACCUACAGAAGAUCCAAACAAAGUCUCUGUGGACAAAGGCCCUGGAGGGCAUAUUUAUUGUAGAUCAUCUCAAAAAUCAAAGCCUUUUGCCCAAAGAGAUCUAGUUGUUAAUGAUGGGAUUGCUCCACCACAAAGAAUUCUUUUUCCACCUGAGAAAAUCUGUAUGGAUUGGCAACAAACCCAGAGUGUUGGGGUUGGGCUGCAGAACCUCGGCAACACGUGUUUCCUUAAUUCCACCCUCCAGUGUCUGACCUACACGCCUCCUCUUGCCAAUUACAUGCUUUCCCUUGAGCACACCAAGUCAUGUCAUGUAGAAGGAUUCUGUAUGAUGUGCACAAUGGAAAGUCACAUCAACCAGGUCCUGUGUUGCUCUAAUAAUGCCAUCAAACCUACAUCUGUUAUCAAUGGCCUUAAAAGAAUAGGAAAACAUUUCCAUUUUGGCAGUCAAGAGGAUGCACAUGAAUUCUUAUGCUUCACUGUUGAUGCUUUACAGAAAGCUUGCUUGAAUGGAAGCACCAAAUUGGACAGAUCUUCUCAAGCCACCACACUUAUUUAUCAAAUAUUUGGAGGAUAUCUACGAUCCCGAGUAAAGUGCUUGAACUGCAAAGCAGUGUCGGACACGUACGAGCCGUUCCUCGACGUCACCUUGGAUAUAAAGGCAGUUACAUCUGUCACCAGAGCUCUAGAACAAUUUGUGAAACCGGAACAACUGGAUGGUGAAAACAGCUAUAAAUGUAGCAAGUGUAAAAAGAUGGUUCCAGCAUCCAAGAGAUACACGAUACAUCGCUCUUCCAAUGUCCUCACAAUAUCACUGAAAAGAUUUGCAAAUUUUACAGGUGGAAAGAUCAACAAGGAUGUAAAAUACCCUGAAUAUUUGGAUCUUCGAGCAUAUAUGUCCCAAUCCAUUGGAGAACCUCUCAUCUAUGCUUUAUAUGCAGUUCUUGUACAUAGUGGCUUCAACUGUAAUGCUGGGCACUAUCUCUGCUUCAUAAAGGCUGGUAAUGGACUUUGGUAUCGAAUGAAUGAUGCCUCAGUAGAACUUUCUGAUAUCAAAACAGUUCUCAAUCAGCAAGCUUAUGUACUUUUUUAUAUCAGGCGCUAUGACUUGACGCUGGGGGAACGCGCCUUUUACCUGCCGGCGCCGUCGUACCCCCGCCCGUUCCUGGGCCAGCGGGGAGCCAACAGCAAACAGCCUGGAUUCAUGGGACCACGGCUUCCUCCUCACAUGAUCAAGAGUUCAAGUCGUUUAAAUGGAAAUGGACCCUUAAAAGAGGAUCCCAGUGCAGUUGGUGUGGCUGUAAAAAGGCCUUCAUCAGCUCCACCAACGGCCUGUGUUCAAAACUGGGCCAUUUCCAGGCCUUCAAUGACUGACCCGUCAAAAAACCAGAAGAUCACUAUCAGUAUUCACAACAAACUGCCUGCACGUCAGACUGUGCCCCCGCUGGAGUGUCCGAGCAGUGCUGGGGAGGAUGAGGAGCUGAGCAAGCCUGUUCCUUCAUCCACAGUUACAAACUCCUCCGCAGCAGAGCCUACCUCAAAUCUCUCCACAAUGGCAGUCCCUGCUAAUGUCUCCAAACAGGAAGUUCCUGAUGAAAUCUUUGUUGAGCCAGCAGUGAAUGGAAACCCCAAGCUGGGUUCUGAGAACAUAGUCCCUUACGGUGCAGAACCUUCAGGAAAACCGGAGGAGUCGAAGGGCUUGUUUAAAAGGAAUUGCAACGUGAUAUCUUCCAAUGGCAUUCUGAUUGGGAAGGUGGUCCGUACGCUGCAUAAUUCCCAUUCGUCCUGUCCGAACGCUGAAGAAAGAUCCCAGCACGAGCUGCCAAAAAUUGAUUCCCUAAAUGGUGCUAUUAGUUUAGAUAACGAAUAUAAAGAAAAUGGACUGAAACUUGACGAUUCCACUUGCCAAGUCCAACCUGUUAAACCCUCUGAGAUGUUCUUUUCUAAAGCAAAUGGAGUGCUGGAAACGAUGCCUAAAGCUUUGUCGCCCGAUCCUCAAGGUAUCUUAGACUCUCUCACAUACAGCCAGUUGAACAGCUUGUCAGAGGAAAAAAGUGUAUCUGGACCUCAGAAAUCUUCUGAGAAUGAUGGUCUUAUGGAAACUGUAGUCAUGGAAGCACUGUUUGCUUAUGAAGAAUCCAGGAAGGUUCCUUCCAAUUUUAGCUGUGAGGUUGAGAAACUUUUUACUCAACCAGAUUCUGAAACCAUUUUUACCAAAGAAAAAGUUGCUGAAAGUAUUAUAACAAAAGCUGAUAAUGCACAUCUCAAUAUCAAUGGUCAGCACAAGGUCAGGAAAAAAUCCUUGGACACUGAAGAUGAAUUCCUUGGGCAGCGUGAGUGUGAAGACAUCAGAGACGAAGACAAACCAAGAAGAUCAAAAGAACCUGAACUCAUUUCAAAAGAAAAUCCUUUGUACAUCAAAGGGUCUCCUGAGAGCAAAGAGAAAUUAGGGCAAACUUCCUCUGUGAAGCCUGACAUUGAAUGUAGUUCUAAAAAACUUGCAUCUCUAGAUAUUACAGAUAAAUGCCAAGAUACAAAGGACAUUUCUAAUAAUUAUGUAGAGGUACCACCUGUUAAUGACUCUUCCAUUACAAAGCUGGAUAAAGUAUUGGAAAGCCAAUUUUCUAGAGCAGAUGAGGGACUGAGUAGUAAAAUAUGUGAGGAAGAGAAACAUAUGAAAAAAAAUAAGAAAAAAAUCCAUGACUCUAAAAGAACUGACAAAGAGCACUACCGGAGGAAGAGAGAGAACUCAGACACUGAGGAGAGGGAGAGGCAAAGCAGGAGCAAAACAGAUGAACAUUCCCACAGGAGGAGGAGCUCUCGUAGCGUGGACACAAACAAGCAGAGUCGUCACAAGCAGGAAUAUUGCAGUGAGAGCAAGUACAGAUCUUCCCAUAACGAAAGGAACAGUCCAAGCAAUGGCAGAAGCUCAGGGAAAUACUCUCGUUACAGAUCCCGAAGCAGAGAAAGGACAGAACAAGACAGGAACAGGUAUUACUAUUCCAAAGGGGAGAGAGCUUGGAAUAGAGAAAGGUACUACCAGGAUGAGCCACGGAGAUGGGACAAAUGCAGAUACUACAAUGAUUAUUAUUCCUCCCAUGGAACAAGGGAUGGUAGAGAGAGGAAGUCCUCUCAUUGUGAUAAAGACUAUGACAAAUUGAGCCAAGCUUACAGCAGGUCACACAAGGAUUAUCAUUGCAAAAGCAGGUGGGCUCACAACCCACUCUCUCGAGAGGAGGAUUUACAUCACUUCAGCAGCCACAGAGCAAACCUACAUCACUGUUCAGUACCUCAGCAGCAUCCUGACAGAUACUCCCGUGACAGGCACGCGCUCCCACCCCUGCCAGCACAUUCACACCUUGAGGACUCUUCCCGGGAAAAUGAGAAACUAAGGAACGGCAAAAGAAGAUACUCCCACCAAGAAGAAAGUGGAAGUGACAUAGAAAAGAAAUGCAGAAAGAUAGAUGACCAAAGAAUCAAAAAGUAUAAGAAGGUCAAGAAGAAAAAGAAGUCCAAAGAUAAACAUCGAGAGAAGGAUUACAAACUUUAUGAUUUGGAUUGCUCUGUGCUCCACUUUGACAAUGACAAUCGCAAACAUAAGAAAAAGAAGAAAAAGAAGAAGCACGACAGGAAACUGAAAGACUUAUUGGAAUAUUUAGAUCCUCACUUCCAGAAGAAAACAUGGGAGAAGAAGGAAGAAUCCCGUCCUCCAGAUGACCAUUUAUGUGAGCAAUACAGAAGCCAGGGCAGUAAACAACCCUACAAGGAAGAGAAGCCUUCUGGUGCAGGUGACAGCAAGAAAUACAGCUCCAUGGCAUCCCACGAGUAUGUCAGAGAUGUGGAGCUGACUGAUGAAAGCCUUCAAUACUCAGACUAAACCCACCACCAAACCCAAUGACUUCUUCCCAUCAAACCCAGCAACCCUUUACCUUCAAAAAUCGACUUUUUAUCAUCAAAACCGACGACUUCUUACCUUCAAACCUGACAUUACCAAUAUUGACCAUCAAAACUUAAAAUUUAUUAUCAAAACAAUUACCAUCAAGACAAAAAUCCAGUCAUAAGUGGUGCUUAACAUUUCUGUACAGAUUUUACCAUAUAAGAACUUUUUUUUAGUUUUUAACUUGAGACUUUCUUUUUUAAAAUAUACUUCUAAUCCAAAAGGGUGAAAACUUUUUACAACUGCUGAACAUUGUAAAUUACCACAUAAAUAUCUCACUGAGGUGAGAUAAUGCCCUGGAAUAGACCAUCUCAAAUGCUGCUUAAUUACAGACUCAGGUUGACUUUAUGUUAUUCAUGUAAUGUUACUCCAAGUUAAGACAUCUGGUGCAAGAGCGACCAGGAAGUAUAAAAAUUGCAACUGACAGUCUGUAUAUUUAAUUUAAAGACUUAUUUAAAACUUCACAAGUUUUGCAAGAGCUUCAUUUUUAUUUUUUCUGUGGUCUGACACUAGAAACUAAUUUACUUCACAUUUGAGUUAUAUUCAAGAUCUGAAGAAAAUCUUCUGGUUUUCAACAUUGUGAAACAACAAAUAUGCAGUUCUGAAUGUAUCUCUCAAGACUAUUUGUAUAUUGUUCCAUAUGUUUUUAUUACAUUUUCUUAAUAUACUGUCAUUUGUCUUAAGUCUCAGUUGUCUGUUUUGUCUCUCUAAAGUGUCUAGUUACAGACAAAUUCAUACUGUGAUUUUUAUUUUUAUUAUUAAAUGCUAUCAAACUGUGAUGCACUUAUUAUUCACUGGUCCUGCAUCAGGAGAUGAGUGGGGAACCUGUAUUAAAUACAGUUCAUCUGAAUAAUCUGUCUGGUUUAUACAAGCUGUGUUGUUCAGAGAUGUCUAAAAGUUUGAUCUUUGUUUUUUUAAAGAUAAAAAGCACUUGCCCCACUGUAAAUAUAUAGCAUGUAAAAUUUAUAUAGUAUAUAAAUACAGCAAAGUUAAAAUGGA